AUGAAAACAACACUGAAAACGUUGAAAUGCAUUUUCAAUUUUAAUCCCGUGGUGAAAGCUGUUUCUGAGGGGCUGAAAUAUGAGCAUUUUAAGGGCAGCCUUACAACAUACUCGAACCUAAUGCUCAUGACACUUGUAAUGUGGUCAACUUUCUGGUGUGAGAUCAUUCCGAAAUUGGUGGAAGAUUUUGACUCUGAUAACAGUGAAACAUUGAAAUUCAAUUUCUCCGGUAUGCCUUAUGAAAAAUACUGUAAGGAAUUUGAUAAAUUUGAUAUGGAGAUUGAAGAUUUGGUGGGAGCGAGUCAAGCGGAGAGAAUGAAGAAUGACGCAUUACGAAUUCUUUACCCAAUGGACUAA